GUCGUUACCAUAGAGCUUUCUUCCGGUAGACCUACCGAAAGCCAAUACAUUUUUUUAUUUUUUACAAGAUUAUUUUUAAUAGAAAUUUAGUAAUAGUUUUAAGCGUCCACAAUUAACAAGUCCAUAGAAGGACGUCCACAAGUAACACGUCCAUAGAAGGACGUCGUUUGGACGUUAGAGGGCGGAUGUUGUAACGCAAGUUCGCGAGCACUUUCAAAAUGUUGGCGAUGGAAAAUUUGAGGGUUUUUCCGCCAAUCCAGAAGAACAGAACAGAGGCCAAUCGUAACCCCUCGUCUCGCCCCCAGUGGACCAGCCUGCCACCCCUACCCCCGGUGCCUCAGCGUGAUCAGACGGUGCGUCUCUGGGGCGACGACUCCCUGCAACUCGUGGACUUACAGACAAUAGACAAUGCAAUUGCAACCGAUGUGGUAACUCCUGUUCAGAAACAUGUCCCCGGUUUCAACACAUUUAGAGGGCGUCGGCUUCCAGAACCACGCACUCAAGAGGUUUACCCGAGACACGACGAGACUCGCGUGGGACCAGAUGGCAAUCAUGUGCUGAGCGAGCCAACGAGGGCGGCCAUUGACAUAUUUAUAUCCAAGCUCUACAGGACAAGCCGCUAUGACGACCAAUACAAAGACCAGACUGAUGUCAUCGUCCGGAAGCUGCAACGUGACGCCCAGUACCGCACGGAGGCUCAGUGCAACGAGAAGGCAAGCUCGUGCACAAGGAUUCUAAAUCACCCCGACCCGUGCUACGUGUGCCGGCCCGCGACCAACGACCAACACAGAACAAACCUCUACGACGCCGGUACUACGUAUUCGGAUUAUGAAAGGUCGUGGUUGAAACCUAUACAACACCCCGAUCAACCAAAUAUAAAGUCGGAAGCGCUUCUUUUUGGCAGCGAUUUUCAGCACUGGAGUUCUACGGCAUACGAUAAAAAUUCCGCUAAACGUUUGUCGAAUGUUUACAAGCAGAUAUUAUCAACGCAUGGUGGGUCGAGGAAAGGCGGUAGCUCGGUUUCUUACACAUCUUCGAACCCACUGAAAUCUCGUUUAGCUAAGUGCGAGUGUAAGAAGCAGGCUUUGAAAAUAACGUCCUCGCAGCCAGCAGCAAUGAAACAUUUCGGACCUUGGGGCGAAACGAAAAUGGACUUUUCAAUAGAUGAGGAAAUGCAAAAUUUGGAGGUCAAUAUGCAGAAUUGCUCUCACCAUUAUAAUCAUGAUUUUGAGCAUAAAGAGUGUCACAUAUGUCGGGAUAGUAGUAUUAACCCCCCUGACGCUGAACAUAACGAUAGUGAUUUAACAAACGUUGCGAUGCCGUCGACGUCAUUAGGACGGCCCAACCGCUGGGCGUUUAGAGACGACAAUAACCUAAGGGUGCCGUGCAUCGCCCACGUGAUAGGAACUCUGAAUAAAACUGCAGCGCAUCAAAGGUACCAUCGGCAAUUCCCAGAGUCUAUUCCAGAUCUGAGGGAUUUCAAGAAAUAUUCUAAAAGAGUUCAGUAUUUCGGGUACAAUUCCGCCGCUUUUCGAUGAAAGCAUCCAGUAGGCCAUCUGAUGUUACGAAAGUACAUUUUUGGUUUGUUCAGAUUUCUUUUCACUUUGUUCGUAUAAAACCACGAGUAACAUUGGCUAAAACCUUUGUUGUACAAAAGAGAGAAAUUAAACAAAGAAGAGUUUA